AUAAUGAUAAAAUUUUUUGGGAUUGUGAUUUACAUCUUCUUCAUAUUAUCAGUUGUUGGACCAAUCUAUUCAUUUUUGACACUUUAGCCUAAGAGAGCAUAAGAGUUUUGGUCUCGAUUAGCUGUCAAGACAUUACGACUGUAAUUUAGAUAUUUACCAAACUCUUAAUAAGUGCAAACAAAUAAGAGAGUAAUCUUUUGUUAUUGAAUUAUAGACAAUGUUACUUUUCAAUCAUAGAACAUAAGGAGAUUUCUUUAUUCAUGACGUGGUUUCUUAAUAUAGUGCAAAUUUUUUAGCAAGAUGGAUGGUAGCAGUUGCAUUUCCAAUGUUAUUUAUAUUCUAAUAAUUGUUUACACAAUCAGUUUGGUUUUUUAGAAGAGGAGGAAACGAUCUAAAUAAGUAAUAUAUAUAAUAUUAUUAAAAAGCUUCUUUAAAUGGAUUGAUAACAAAUUUGAUAAAGCCACAAGGCCAAAUUUAUUAGUCUAUCCAGAAGGUCAUAGAAUGCAUGAAAGUGAUAAGGUUGGAAAGAUGAAGACAGGAAUGCUUUAAUAUGCAUAUGAUCGUAAAAUAGAUACAUAAAUAAUAAUUGUUUUGGGUAUAGAGAAAGCUUUUAAUGAAAAAAAAUUCCAUGCAAGUUUAGGGUAUUUAUGAAUAAUUAAUUUUAAUAUAGACCAACCUAGAUUGCAAUAAAAGUGGAUGAAAUAAUCAAGCCAGAUAAAUUUGCUACUUUUGAAUUGUUUAUUGAACACAUUUAAGCAAUGUUUAAGAAGAAUUUUGAAGAGACUUAUGAUUAUUAAUAUAAGAAAUCAUGA